AUGGACUCCAAAUUGGACUUGGUGUUAUCAAUGAUGGUUCGUAGUUCUGGUUGUAAAUCUAAUCAACCUGAGUUUGAGUUGGAGGCUAAACAUAAUGGCAUAAAAGUUGGUGGUGGUGAGUGCGGAGAUGCAUAUAGCUAUGUCACUCCACCUACUUUUAAUGGUGAUGAUGUUGUUUGCAAUAACGAAAAUGAAGUUGAGGUCACAUCUCCUCAUCCUAGGCCAAUGAGAAGAAGGAAACAUGCUCCUGCCCUAAUGACACCAUAUACAGACCCAACAAAAAGGAGAAAAUUUAGAAAAGGUGAAGGGUUCAAAGUUGAUCCAUUUCGCAAGAUUGAUGAGCACAAAGAAGAGGCUUUUAUGAAGUGGUUCAAUGAGAACAACACAAGCAUGUUAAUUAACUGUGGAACCGGCAACUACCAAAGGAAAUACUUCGAACAGUUAUUUACCCCAGCAACAUGGCUGUCUACUGAUCAUAUAGAUGAGGCUUUAUGGGGCAUGAGAAAAAGGUCACAAAAGUAUCAUGACCUCUUUGAUCAGAAUGUCGCCAUUCUUGAUGAAUUCUUUUCUCAGUGGCUUUGUGGACAUUGGGAGAAGUUCAAUUUAGGUAAAAAUUACAAGGACUUUGUAUUUGAUGAUGUUUUUAUUAAGUAUGUUAAUGGUGAGAAACCACUUAGAGGAAAGGCUUGGGAGAAUGUUCACACACUUUACGCACCACUAAAUAUCGAAGGCAAACAUUGGGUAUCUUUGGCAGUCAAGUUGGAGAAGUGGGAGAUUGUAGUGUUUGAUAGUAAUAUAAACCUCACACCUGAGCGAAAAUUGGUCAAACACUUGGAGCCUUUCCGGUGCAUGCUACCGUACUUGCUUCGUCAAAGUGGUAAGUUUAUGGGUCGUCUUCACAAAAUUCCUGAGCCAUUUACAUGUCGAAGGUUGUGUGACAUUCCUAAAGACCAAUCCAGCGGAGAUUGUGGAAUAUUUUCCAUCAAGCAUAUCGAGUUCGACAUGUGCGGGCUAAACAUGAAUUAUGUUCACGAUGACAAUAUUGUCUUCUUUCGGAAAAAAAUGUCAUGUGAAAUCUACAAUAGAGAUUGGGAUCCAUAG